AUGAAGUCACACCCGCGCGUCACGGGGAAGCUUCACGUCGAGAUGGACUGCCCGGCGGGCCGCGCGGGCCUGCCGAUCGUCCUGGCGCUGCUUGCCGCGCUUUUAGGACGAGCAGAUGCAAGAAUGACAGACUAUCCAAUACCCUUCAGGGCAGACCGACGGCUACUAGUCACUGACGCGGAUGCCGCGUCGCAGGGGAAGCUGCUAUUCAUUGUGCUCUGCGGAGCCACGGUCGUGCUUUUCAUCGUCUUCGUCGCCCUCCUCGCCCUCCUCAUCUCACUCCACUAUCGAGCUGCCCGUUCGUCUGCCCCCGCGGAAACGGCGAAGAAGCUGCCCCUGAGGGCAAUCUGGAGGGCGACGUCGAGUCUGGGGGUGGCGCAGCAGGUGGGGGAGGGGGACUUUGGGCGCGCGUACCUGGGGGAGCAUCGGGGGGAGGCCUGGCUCGUCGUUGUCUCCACGUCAGACAACAUUGACAUCAUCAAAGCGUUCCGGAGGGAGGUCGAUACCCUGGGCCCCGUGUCACACCCGUCAUUGGUGCGCCUGGUGGGGUGGGCGGAGGAGGUAGGGCGCAACAUGCUCGUGUACAACCACCCUGCUCCGCUGCUACACGCCCCCGCCCUUUCCCCAUCCCCCUCCCCGUCCUCCUUCCGCCGGGGCGGUGGUUCCUCUGCUGGCGGCUCUAAGAGAACUGCUGCCGCCGCUGGUGCAGGUGCUGCUGCUGCAGCUGCGGCUGGUGGUGGUGCUGCUGCUGCCGGUGGUGCUUCCUUUGUGAAGGCCAGCAGCUUUGCUGCCAGCGGUGGUGCUAACGCCAAUCGUGGUUUUGACGCUCUUGCCACUUCUGGCGCUGCUGGCGCAGCUGCAGCUGCGGCUGGUGCUGCUGCUGCUGCUGCUGGUGCUGUGGGUUCUGAUGUUGCGGGUGGGGGCGGUGGUACACUGCUGGAGUAUCUGUUGCAGCAGCACCAGUGGCAGCUGCAGCAACAGCAGACGGGUGGCGCAAUGGGAGGUGAGUCGCUGAUGGUUUGGCAAUCCCCCGGCCUGCCUGUCCUUCGAGCGGCGGGUGGACAUAGCACACAGCCUGGCGGCAGCACUGCACCACCUGCACUGCUGCGCGGACCCUCCUUUGGUGCACUGGUCUCCCACCCACCAUUGUGCCUGUAUCCCACAUGCUAUCGCCCUCACCCCCCAGACGCCGCUCUAUCUCUCUCCUUUGAGCGGCGGGUGGACAUAGCGCACAGCCUGGCGGCAGGGCUGCACCACCUGCACUGCUGCACGGACCCCCCCUUGGUGCACUGGUCUCCCACCCACCAUUGUGCCUACGCCGCUCUAUCUCUCUCCUUUGAGCGGCGGGUGGACAUAGCGCACAGCCUGGCGGCGGGGCUGCACCACCUGCACUGCUGCGUGGACCCGCCCAUUGUGCACCGCCAAGUUAACUCCGGCAACGUGCUGCUGCAGCCGCGCUGGCCCUAUGCGCGGCUUGCCAACGUGGGGGAGGUGAAGGGGCUGCCCUAUGCGCCGACCAUUAACGGGCGGCGCAACCGGGCGGCGUACAUUGACCCGGAGUACUUUAUCGCGCUCAGGGCGUCUGCUGCCAGCGAUGUGUACAGUUUUGGCAUAAUCCUGUUGGAGCUUCUAACCGGCCAGCCAGCGGAGCAGAUCGACCCGGCCACAGGCCGCCGCGCCUACCUCAACAUCCCCGCGCUCACCGCCCUCAUCCGCGCGCACCACCUUCCACCGCUCCUCGACCCCGCGCUGCCCUUCCCCCCCACGCCCGCGCCCUCCGCGCUGCAAGCGCUCGCGUCCCUCGCGGCGGACUGCACAGUGCGGUACGCCAAGCAGCGCCCAGACGCGUCCGCAGUGCUUCUACAAAUGGAGGGGAUUCGCGAGGCCGUGCAGAACGGCCUCGCCGUGCAGGGCCGCGCGGGCGACCACCUGUCGCUCUCCAUACCUGGCUCGGUCGCCGAGGCGGAGGCUCGGGGGAGGUUCGGCAGCAGGGGCGGGGAGCUGGUGGGCGGGUCGGGCAGGGAAUGGGGGUCGGCUGGGGAGUUGUAUGGGGCGCAAGGGUCGGUUGGGUGGAGUGCAGGCGAGCGGUCACUCGGGGGAGGCGGGUCGGAGAGAGAACGGGGAGGUGAGUUGGCGAGAGAGCGGGGGGGCAGUGGGCGGUCGCACGGGGGCUCUGACAGGGAGAGAGGAAGCGGCACGAGCGGAGGAGGAAGCUUCUUAGACGGCUCAUCUGCGUACUUGUAUGGCGAACAACCGCGCGGAAUCGUCUCGUCUUCGUCCUACCCGCAGGUGCUCUCCUCUCUGGCCCAUCAACCCCCCUCCCCGCAUCCACCCGCCUCCCCCCAUACACCCUUCAAGCGCCACUCCCUGCCGCGCACACACACUGCCCCAGUCUCCCCCAGUCUCCUCCCCACGCUGCCCCUCUUCGAAGCGCCGCACUUCUCCUUCCACGCGCUGCAGCAAGCCACAGAGGGCUUCGCCCCGCACAGGGUGCACCGGCAGGCGCACCUGGGGGAGGUGUAUCUGGGGACGAUCAAAACCGUGGGGGAGGUGAUGGUGGUGCGGCAAAUGGCGCCCGGGGCGGGGGAAGGGGGGAGCACCGGGGGAGGGGGGAGCUUCGGGAGAGAUAAGCGUGGUGUGGGGGGGCGGAGUGGAGAACUGGGGAGGGGAGGGGAGUGGGGGACGGGGGAGGAGGCGCGGGAGAGGGAGAGGGAAAGGGAGAGGGACAUGUGGGUGAGUCGCACGAUAGCAGAGGCGCACGCGCUGAGGAGAGUGGUGCACCGCAACCUGGUGACUCUGCUGGGCUUUACCGUCACCACGGACCAGUGCCUGCUCACCUACACCCACACCGACGCCCCUGACCUCUUCCACUCGCUUCACCUCCCUGGUGAGACAUGUGGCAAGGAGCCCAUGGGGUGGCAGGCGAGGGUGCAUGUGGCGCAUGCCGUGGGGGAGGGGCUGCUGCAGCUGCACGUGUGCUCGCACCCCCACAUCCUGCACGGCGCACUCGUCUCACGCAACGUGCUGCUGCCCCACGGCCAACCCCCCCAGCUAUUCGACUUUGGAAUGUCACACUUUGCAGAGGCUCGCAACGACAACUUCGCCUCGCCCUACUGCCAAGCGUACAUGGCCCCCAAGUGCGGCACCACAGGGGAGACGGACAAGACCACCGACAUGUAUGCUUAUGGUGUGCUGCUCCUUGAGCUCGUUUCCGGGAAGCUUCCGUACGAUGACGAUCGUGAUCCGGUGCAGCUGAGCGACUGGGCACGGCAGCAGGACUGGAGCAGCUCAGAUUCAAUAAAGGAGUUGGUGGAUCCGCUGUUAGAGGGGAUGUACAACGAGGAUGAGGUGCUCAUAUUGGCGUCCCUUGCAAUGCGAUGCAUCAAUGUGGAUAAGAGAGAGCGGCCGACGGUCAAAGAGCAGCGCCUUCGCCGCAAGCAGCAGUUGGACGACGGUCCGGGGAGCGCAUUGGCGGAAGAAGCCCCGCGGAAGGCCAAGAAGCGCGCUGGGGGCGCGGCAGCGGCCGCGGAGGGAGCCGCGCAGCAGCCCCAGCCGCAGCUGGACACGAUCCCCGCGCAGCUGCCCGCGCAGAUCCCCGAAACCCCCCCCAGUUCCGCCACGCUGCUCGACCCCGUCCCCAUUGACGUCCCCUCCGCGUCCGACCAGCCGUCCCUGUCCACCUCCUCCGCGCUCUCCGCCUCCGCGGUCUCCCCCGCGGACUCCCCCGCGGAUGAGCUCGCGGGGCUGACCCAGCGCGUGGCUAAGAGCGUGCGGGACGUGCGGGGGUACGCCAAGCUCAACGUGUCCACGGCGACCGUGCAACAGGUGUGCGAGAUGGUGGACCACAACCUGGCGCCGUGGACGCGCAUCCCGCAGAUUCGUGACGGCAUGGGCGCUGCCGGCAUGGUGGCGCCCAGCCUUGUCAAAACCAUCAGCCAGCGCGCACGGUUCAUGUCAUGUGCGGGCCACGUGAGGGUGGUGGACGGGUCAGUCUACUUCCGGCUGGGCGGAUUCAUCACCGUCCCCUACCGCGUGCGGCGCUUCCUGCAAACCGUGCAGACCAUUCAGCGAGCAGUAGACUUCCACAACCUGGCGGCCGUGCGGGCGGAGUUCUUUGUCAACACGUGCGACCUGCCCAUCAGCUAUGACAGCGACGUGGGCGGCAGCCGCCCGGUGGGCUUUCCCUUCUUCAGCACGCGCGUCGUCCCCGGCUCCGUGGACGUGGCCAUCCCAGACCCGCUUGACUUACCUGACAACAUGGAUCUGCCUGAGAACGUGGAGGUGCCGUGGGAGGAGAAGGAGAACCGCGCUGUGUUCCGCGGCACGGCCAGCAGCUUCCCGUUUGAGGACUCGCAGAACUGGCGCGCCCACCCCCUCAUCCGCCUGCACAGGAUGGCGGAAGCGCGGCCAGACCUGCUGGAUGUGAAGCUGAUCGGGUGGAGCCGAGACAUCGAUGGGGACGUGCGCAAGAGGAUGGAGGCGGAUGGAGUGGCCAUGGUGGGGCGCCCCACACUCACGGCCGACCCACCAAUGAGCAAGUUCAAGUACCAGAUCGUGUCAGGGCUGCCCUCCUCGCACCAGACCUGUGCUAUUCUGGCCCGGGGCGAGCAGGUGGCCAUCAGGCAGGCCUCGCCCUACGCGGAGUUCUUCACGCCACUCUUAAAGCCCUACGUGAACUUCAUCCCGGCGAACCGGCACUUUGACAACCUGAUAGAGAAGCUGCGGUGGGCGCAGAGCCACGACAACCACGUGCACCACAUGGUGGCCGCGGCUAAACGGGCGGCCAAGUGGGCGUGCACACGUAGCGGGCACACGCUUUACUGGGCCAUCCUCCUUAUAAAGUACUCCAAGAACGCGCUACAAGACCCCUCUACAAUCAAGGCCCCGGUCAAGACGCUCUGCCAGGACCCCCUCGAUCCCGCCCUCCUGGAAAUGGCCGGCCUUGCUGCUCCCUCCUCCCCCACCUCCUCUCCCUCGCUCUCUCUCCCGGACUCCUGGCCCCCCGUGUGCUCCCGUGACAAUAUUGACCGCAGCGCUCAGCCAAAGUGUGUAUAUUACUGCCAGAAGGGGGUCAUUCCCGGUAAGAGCUUUGUCUGGGUGUCGGCAGAAGCCCUCAAGGCUGGUGUUGGGGCGCAGUCAGCGUAG